AUGACGUCACCAGGGAACAUCGUGUACCUGGCGGCGCCUGACCGCCUGCCAGCGGCGGCUCAAAUCGACCUGACGCUGUCGGGUCCGCCGGCUGACGACGGAGCGUCGCCACCAUCGUCAUCAGGCGUCGGCGGGGCGGCGGGCGGCGACGUCAACACCACCGUCAGGGUGACGCUGACGUCGGACGACGAGGGCUGCCAGGGGGAGGCCCUGCCGGAGAAGGGCAUGUGCGCGGCCGAGAGCGACGCCGAGUACGGCACGUGCAGCCCCGACCUGGCCACGUGUCCUGACGGCGUGUGUGACCCGCUGGAGCAGCUGCACGGCGCACUCUGCCCGCAGGACUGCGCAGACCACCAUUCAGAGGGCUUGUGCCUGAAGAAGACAGCCGCCGGCCGGGGCGUGGCUCAGGGCUGCGGCGUCUGCUUCUGUCUGCACCCGCGCUCGUGCGUCUGCGUCACACUGGGCGUGCUGCUGCUCGUGACACUGCUCUUCCUCGGCGGCGUCGCCUUCGACAACUGGCGAGGUCGAGCCGUCAAGUCCCGGAAGGACCCGUUCGCCGUGGAUCACAUAGCGCUGUCACACAUAGCCGGGGGUGCGGACCUGGGGGCGAGGCGCCGAACGUCCCUGUCGGCCGCCCCACACUGCGCCCUGCCCUGCCAGCUGGCGGAGUCGGUGCCGGUCGAUUGCAAAUGGGAGUUCCCUCGGCAGCGGCUCGUCCUGGGAGAUCUGCUGGGAGAGGGCGAGUUCGGCAAGGUGCUCAAGGGCCGCGCGAUGGGAAUCGCCGGUGAUACAGGCUACAGUCCGGUGGCGGUGAAGAUGCUGAAGCCGUCCAGUACGCCGUCAGAGCUGCAGGACCUGCUGUCCGAGUACAACUUGUUGAAGGAGGUGAACCACCCUAACGUGAUCCGGCUGCUGGGGGCCUGCACCGGCGCGGAUGGGCCCGUCUGCAUCAUCAUGGAGUACGCCGAGCUGGGCUGCCUCAGGACGUACCUGUACAAAAGCCGGAAGUCGACACUGGCGUCCGGCUCCGGCGACAGCCAGAGCUCCAUCACGCCCAAAGAACUCAUCAGCUACGCGUGGCAAAUAGCCAAGGGAAUGGCCUAUCUUGGCGGCAUAAAGCUGGUGCACCGCGACCUGGCGGCACGCAACGUCCUGCUGGCGGCCGGCGGCGUCUGCAAGAUCUCCGACUUUGGCCUGACGCGGGACGUGUACGAAGGCAGCCUGUACCAGAAGACCAGCAAGGGCAGAGUGCCGGUCAAGUGGAUGGCGAUCGAGUCGCUCCAAGAUCAUGUCUACACAUCCAAGUCCGACGUCUGGAGCUUCGGCAUCCUGCUCUGGGAGUUAGUCACACUGGGAGCGAACCCGUACCCGGGCGUAGCCCCGGAGCGGCUGUGCCACCUGCUCAAGUCCGGGUACAGAAUGGAUCGGCCGGCCAACUGUACCCAGGAUAUGUACAGCAUCAUGCGCCAGUGCUGGCAGGAGCAGCCUUCCUCCCGGCCCACGUUCGCCGAGCUGACCAUGUGGUUUGACAAGAUGCUGCAGUCGGGCUCCGAGUAUCUGGACCUCAGCACGCCGCUGGUGCUCAACAGAGAGUACUUCGACCUGCUGGGAGACGGAGACGAGCCAAGGACCGACAUCCCUCUGGAGUAUGGCAACCUUCACCCGCUAAACACCGCCUACCUGCGGCCCAGCGACCAAUCAUCCGUCGACGCCGCGCAGUCGGUGGUGUACUCCUCACUACUGCACGGCUCCGAUCCGGAGGAAGCGGAGGACGUGGAGCUUCAGGAGGACCAGACGGGGGGCGUGUCAGAUGAACAAUGCAGACUACUCGUCCCGGUGUGA